GCAUUGUAUACUCCUGAAUUUUCUGCGCGUGGCUUGGGCGUUUCACGAAGGUGUGAUCGCCAUUCAAAAAACAUUUCUUUCUCGGUUUGGCCUCACAACCUAAGCCAAAUUGGCCAACAUGUCGACAGGGAAGGCUAACAAACCGCUAAUGGAUGGUAAAGCGAGGAGAUUUAGCGCCCCUUCGAGAGGAAGAGCAGUGCGAAGGCCUGAAGAUGUCGUUCGCGACGUUCGUGGUCUGAAGCUUCGACAGCGUGUUUCUCUUGUUCUGAAUGACAAAGUUCUUCGCGAUGAACUGGAAGACCUAGUUCAGAACUACGUUCAGAAUGGCCCAAAGAGUGGUGGAGAAAGCGUCCGCACGUACCAAGAUUUUCUGAUUCCCUCUAGUACGUACUAUGGAGGAGGCAUGUCGGCUGUUGUCACUCCAAUAGCGGACAUAAGAGGUUCUGAUACUUUGAAUUAUUCCAAACAGGAGAGGUUAUUACGUUGUAAACUUGCCGCCACAUAUCGCUUAGUCGAUCUUUUUGGAUGGAACAGUGGUUUAUAUAGCUUCAUAACGAUUCGCCCCACGGUGGACCAAGAGAGUUUCCUGAUCCAUCCAUUUGGACUCAUGUACACUGAAGUGACUGCGUCCAGUCUGGUAAAAGUCAAUCCUGAUGGAACUUUGGUUGAUCAAGGUAGUACCAAUCUGGGUGUGAAUAAAGCUGGUAUGUUGCUGCAUUCUGCCCUCCAUGGUGCCAGAAAAGAUGCCAGAGCGAUUAUCCAUCUUCACCAAGCGGACACUGUAGCCGUAUCAGCCAUGAAGUGUGGACUUCUCCCAAUUUCCAUAGAGGCUCUCACUCUGGGUGAAGUAGCUUACCAUGAUUUUAGAGGGAUUUUUUCAAAUGAAGAAGAAAAGGAGUCAAUAGUGAAGGACAUGGGUGAAGAAAGCAAGGUAAUGAUCCUCAGAAACCAUGGUAUUGUUGUUUGUGGACAAACUAUUGAAGAAGCAUUUCACCUGGCACAUUCUGCUGUUAAGGCGUGCACCCAACAGGUUAGAGCUAUUGGUGUUGGCAUUGAUAACCUUAUUAAGUGUGAAGAUUUUGCCAAAGAGCAAGUGAAAGAAACAGCUCAGUCUGGAGGAGGGGGUGUGGACUCUAGUGAAUUAAAAUGGAAACCAGGGGAGAUGGAGUUUGAAGCAUACAUGCGUUUACUGGACUCUAUGGGUUAUAAGACAGGCUAUGUGUAUAAAAAUCCAGAAGUGUUCCAUGGUGAGAAACCUGCAGAACGUGAAGUGACCACCCCAUCUACUGUGUCAUCCACACGAGCAAAGAUGUACUACACACCGGAGAUUGAACGAGGACAAAUCAGAAGAGCCCAUUCCACAGGACGUGCAAACACCUACAGAAACCGUGUUAAGUGGCUGAACACCCCAGUGAAGUCUACAGAGUACAAGAAAGACAAGGAGAAAGUUGAGUUGGAGAGUGAUGAGCCUGUGACAAUUAAGGAUCUCUUACCAGAAAGAGUUGACAAGGACUUGGAGCAGGCCCCUGAAAACAAAGAAGUGACUCUAAAAACAUCACAAGUUGUGAUCACAGAGUCAGUGCCUCAUGAGAAGGGAAUCAACGGCGAUGAGACAAAGGAAGUGAGACGAGAGUACGCACAGAAGACAGUGGUAAUCACAACAGAAGUGAAUGGCGAAGCAGGUGAUGAAAAGGGUACUGAGGAUGCAGAUGAGGAUGGUCCAGAUGGUGAGUUGUUGGUUCCAGGUGCUGAUUCACCAGAGCCUGAGAGCCCAACUAAAAAGAAGGGCACCAAGGUCAAGAAGAAGAAGAGCUUUAAAGAUGCUUUAGUGAAAAAGUUCAGCAAGAAGGGUGAGCGGCCUGCAAAGUAUGAGAAGGGUGAUGCAGAGAAGGUUGAAUAGUGUCCAGUGAAAGUGACUCAUUCUUUACAACUGGCCAAGUUUUAUUUGCAAUUGACUUAACAGUGGGAUUCCUUUGCAAUAGGAAAUUUCAUGAACAAAUAAAUAUGCUUGUUGUCAAAUGUAUAAAGUUUAACAAAAUCUUCAAAUGGGGAUUGUAACCCCUAAAGUGAGCUCAGAAAUUAAGAAGCCUAGCUUUAUUUGUUGUGAUAUAGGCCUACAAAGAGAGAAAGUUUCAAUAUCUUAUGAAGAAUGUAGGAUGAUGGAGAAACAAGUUUUCUUUUUAAGACUGUGUGAUGAAGAUUUUUGAUCAUACAACCCGUAGUUACCAAUAAUUACAAUAAUUUUUACACUUAAACUGUGUGAACAAAGCUCUCCCUCGUGUGUUUGGUCAGCAAAUGAUAUAUUUCUUUGUCCAAUAUUUUAUUUGUGGGCAUAGAAUAUCACUUAAGAGUUGUCAACAAUGUUUAGGUCAAAUUUUUUCUAGCCUUAGGUUUAUUUUAUUCCUGUAUGAUUUUUAUUAUUUGAUUGUAUGCUAGCAGAUGAACCAGUGGUUCCCUUUUCCUGAGAAUUUAAAUAAACAAUGUUCGCUGUCAUUAGAUUGUAUCUUGAAAUGAAAUGAUAUUGACGAAGGGGAGUAAUGGUUUUAUUUUAAGUUCUCCAACCUAUUACAGUAAGAGAUGUUGAGAAAUGUCUCAAGAUUAACUAAAAUCAACAUUUCUUCAUUAUGGGUCUAAAAGGGUCCUUGCAUACAACAUACAACUUUGCAGAAUUGUUUGCAAUGCUUUUGUUAUCUAAAGGAUAAAAAAGGUGCUACUGACAUGGAUUUUAAGAUUGUGUGCAUUUAGCAAAACUUUCAUGUGUAAAAUGCUCACAUGAUUUGCAGCCAUGAUGAAGUGUCACAGGAAAUAGAUUAGAAAUUUAGGGGAAAAUUGUCCAGUGAACCUAGCCUUACCACUCAAGUUCUAGUAAAUUAUUUUUUGACAGGCCUAAUCUUUGGUUCAUUUUUAUGGUUCAAUUUUUUUUUUCCUUUUGUUUGUUUGUUUUUGCUUUCUUUUGUCUUAUUUGUUAGGAUUUGUUAGAAAGUGACACAGCAGUGUUGAUAUGCAAGUUGGACUGGUCAAUUUUGCCAAGAAAAACUCUUUGCAAAAUUUUUACUUUUCAGAGUUUUCAACUCCAUACUUUCAAUGGCACAUCAGUCAAGGGUUGAGUAGAAUAUUUUAUUUUAUUAUCACAAGGUCAAUUUUAGCAGCUAUUCCUUGAGCAAUAAUUUGUAGUAUUAACCUAAAUCUUGCAAAAGUCAUCUUACUACAUAGUUCUAUCUACUAAUUUAUCUUCAAUCCAAUGUUAGCACACUGGCUCUUAACUGCAGAUUUUAGCCCAGGAUUUAACUGUUAUAUUGUUAUGUAGACUAUGAAAACAGAAUUUAAAUGAUGUAAUGGUUUUACUAGAUGAAUAAAGAGCAUUAUAAAGGCCAA